AUGGCAGAGGAAUUCCCUACUCCACCGUCGAGUGACCAGGCCGAGUCCAUCGAGAGCUUUGAUCGGUCUUCUAGGUUGUUCAUCAGAUCGUUCAUUUUGUCAAUCUUCUCAAGGAAGCCAUCGAUUAAGACUAAUAAGAGCGCUACGUCCACCUCGCCUACCUCCGAAGACCCAGCGCCUGCAGACUCUGUCAGGGCGUCAGAGGAAUCAGACAGGAUCCACAGUGUUAUAGAGGUUGACCCUAUCGUUUCAGACGCCCAUUUCGACUACGACUACACCCGGCCUUUUAAGACUGAGCGGUCUCCAACCCCUGUCACUCCGACCGAUGAUGCGGCCAACAUAGAGCGGCGUCUAGAAUUGGCACUGCCUCCUAAGGACGAUUUCCCACCGCCACCAGAUGCCAUUGAACUACGCGAUACGGCUAGAACCGACACCUCGGCGGGAGCUAGGCUAGGAAAGCACGGUAGUGGUCCCGGUUUGGCUUCUAUACCUUCAAAAGCAGAUCAUGUCGCAUUCCCCCAUAGCCAAUGUGUGCCAACAGAUACAUCGACCGAAGGCCCCAUAUCUCGAAGACGGCCACUUUCCGCCACGGCAAGGCCUCAACCCAGCCCAGUGACUCCGUAUAUGCCUCUAAAAUCGAAGAAGAGUCUUGGCAGGAUUCUGGGCGAGUUCCUCUGCGUGUCCGCAAAUCCAGAUGACGAAUCGUCCACGGACGAACCCACGCCCAGACCUGCUGUGCAAUAUAGCGUUGCAUUAACCCGAAAGCGCACUCAAAAGCGGAGUGGUGGCAUGCAGCCUUAUUCCAGCGGCGAUGGAACCAUCUACGUCCCGAUGUAUGCCAACAAGUCGCACUUAGGGAGCACAAUGGGGGAGUCACAUAAGGGAAGAGGCGCUAAUAGCAUGACGUCCAGCCCCAAGAAGAAGAGACCAAGCAUGCAGAGAGUAGACAGUGCUAUGAGUGUCCGUGUCCCUGAUUCACAGCCAAAAAUUAUGCUCGCGCCAAACAGGUCUGGGACGCGCUCACGCUCGGGGUCGGUUUACAGUCUCAAUCCUCUUGCACUGGAGACUCCGUCGAGCCGACGACCCAACCCGAAGCUUCAUAGGACAGGAAGCGCAACAGGCAAUGACUGGGUCAAGGCAUACAUUCCCCAGGAUAAGCGUUCCUCUGGCGGGAAGCGCCACUCCAACCACCAUUCGUCCACGCCGUUUUCUUCCUCCCGCCCUUCCUCACGAAAAUCAGCCUCCGAUGUACUAGACCACUCAUCAUCGCCCUCCACCGAGCAGAAAUCCUCCGCAUCCUUGUCGACAAAUACAGAUGACCCCGACUCCUCCUCGUCGCAGACGUACGUCACACUGUUACCCAACCCGCUCUUCCAAACCCCCCGUCUUCCCCUCGCCAAGCAGGUCAUCGAGAAAGAGCAAUCUACCGCCCAAAUGGAAGAGGCUAAAAGCUCAUCCGCGAGUCGAAACGCCGAGCUGCGCACGACAAGAAGCAGCACAGUGUCGUGCGGCAGGCCAAGCAGGAGCGGAUCCAGACGAUGCUUUAAGAGGCCGUCAAGAGAGAGACCAAGGCACAGGCUUCACUGGAGUUGGUGACGAGAGGGUUGUAUCAG